UUUGGGCCGUUAUUAGCGUGCGGCCCGUUUGAAACGGUUCAGGAGGGAGCGCGGAUGAGGGUAGGAGCAGCGGACAGCGUUGAUGAUGUCCUCCGAUGAAGAGAGGAUUUCCAGCCCUGUACUGCCUAAAGAUUCAGAUCGAGGUAGUUCAGUUUCUUCUGAUCUACAGGAUGAGUAUGAAGAGCUCUUGCGUUAUGCAGUCGUAACUCCAAAGUGGGUUUCUGAUUCCCCCAAACAAUCACAUCGUGAAGGAAGUCUUGCAAAAAGCAACAAAGGUUCCAAUGCAGUGCAAAAUAACCAUUCUCCUCAGCAUUUUGCAGGUACAACUUUGGAAGAAAGCCAUGAACACACUUUAAGACAGCAGACUACAGGCACACAAACAGUCCCAGACAAAACUGAUGCAGCAACAGUAGAAAAACCAUCAGAAGACCAGCAAGUUCACCAUAGGACCCCCAUUUCAUCUCUUUCAAAUACAGGUUUGCCUGUUGGACAGUUAACCUUUUCUGAAAGAUCCUCUUCACAUUUUCUGGUUUCCAGGAAACCUGAAAUGUCUGACCCAGUAUGUCAGUUACCUAUUCCAGCUGAGAAUCUGGGCAGGGUGGAAAAUAUACUCAACACCGCCAGUGACCAACUCAAGACCAAUAUUCUGUCUGAAAUUCGUCAGUGGAGGUUGUCGGUUAUUGAGCAGCACAAGCAGGAGUUGCAAGAUGAAAGGAUGAAACAUGAAGCUCAAGUUGCACAAAUGAUCUGUCAGACAGAGAACUUGAACCAGUUAAUUUGCACAUACGAGGAAUCUGUUCGAAGAAAAGAUGAGGUAAUCACGAAUUUGAUCCAAGGCAUUCAGAAUCUGAAAGAGAAGAUAGAAUUGAUGCGCCGAUUCACACAGUGGCGACUUCAACAUUCAGAAGCAAAAGUGGAAGCAUACGCAAAUACCCUGGCUGAAAGACACUAUAAAUUCUGUCUGUUAAAAAAAGUGUGUACAGCUUGGAAAUCAGAAAUGCAAGCAAAAUGGAAAGAGAGAGUAGAAAGAGCAUGUCAAGCUCGUGCUGAGGAGGUCUGUAUCCAGUUAUCCGGGGAUUAUGAGAGAAAGCUUGAUGCAUCAAGAGAGGAACUGGAAAGAGCAAAAGCAGAGAUAAGACGUCUGUUAGCUGAAAAGGACAAAUAUACGGAUUCUAUGAAGAAAGCAUUCAUGCGUGGUGUAUGUGCGCUCAAUCUAGAGGCAAUGAGUAUGUUUCAGAAUGGAAGCAGAAGAGUGGAACAUGGAGAGUCAGACUCUGAACACAGAAGAGAUGAUCCAAAUCACUGUUUUGUCUCUGCACCCCAAGCAGAUGGAGGUUUGGUUGCUCCUAUUUCUACAGCUUUGGAUCCUUCAAUUCCUUUUGAAUCUGAUCGGAUGGUUGCUUUACAUUUUGGUUCUACAAAUGUUGAUCAAACCAGACCUGGGGAGGCGAGUACUCAACCAGUCACUGUUGCUAUGUCAUCUUCAACAUCAGGGUUUCAAACCACCCAGCAACUGCCUCCAACUAAAUGUGUGACAUCAGCACAGCAAAACACUGGAAAAACCAUAGUGGCACGUUUUACAGGGCGAUCUGACCCAUCCCUGAAAGGAGUUAAAUGUGGAUCAUGCCAGGGAGUGUCACCACCAAUGACUACAGUAUGUGUAGAAAGACAUCAUCCAGUUACACAGCAAACCAUUGGUCAAGGGACAGCAGCCAAGUAUCCUCGAUCAAAUCAGCCUCCCUCAGUAGGGAAAGUUGCAAAAUCACCUUCUGUCACCUGUGGCAUCCAGUCAAUAAAAGUUGUGGACUGAGUGCCUCAUCAACAAAAAUGCCAGAAACCUAGUGAGUGCAUGAGUGAUAUAUUGUGGAGGCCAGUGAAAUCACCAGGCUUUUCUUUAAAUGGUGAACAUGUACCUUCUGGGUUUGGAAUCGUCACUAUUCUUAAUGCUAAUGAUUGAACUCAUAUGCAAAUUUCCAAUUGCAUUUUUGGAUGUAGUGUCUGUUCAAAGUAUUUUGCGAAUGUUUAGGGUUUGAUUUGUGCAGGGAGUGUAUCAGUAGUCUGCAAAACUCACAAUCUUUAACCCUGCAGUUAAUAUAAUGUUUCAGCUUUUUUGGCUUAUUGUGAGAAGAUCACUGAGCAGUGGCCAGGAUGCACCACUGAAGGCAAAAUGCUUAUGUGGGAUUAGGUUCUUUAUAGGUUCCAUGUAGGUUCUGUGAAAUUAAACACUGAACAUCUUAAAGUAAAACCUUGUAAAGUUGUGUCCCCAACCAUAAGUUUUGUUUAAAAACAUAGCAUCUGGCAUUGUGGGAAUUGUGGGUUAAGGAGAUGCAGGUCCUCAACUGGAGUUGUACAGAAUUCUCCACAGUAUUUUUCAAACUCAUGGUAGAAGUAUUUGACAAGUGUUUUAGAUGUUAUUAUUUAUGUGCUUUAUGAUGCAAUUAAGUGGUUACAUAAAAAUACAUUUUUCUAAGUGAUGCCAGAUCAGGUAGAGUCCUUAAAUAACUUUAAUGCUCAAUGGACCUGGGAAUAUUGUCAAAAUCUGUGCCAGUAAGAGAGACAUUUUAAGAACUAUUUGAGCUACUACUAACAAAACAAGGUGCCACUAAUAAUAGAUUUUAGAAUUAAAUAUUUUGACUGGAAAGUAUCAUCAAAGCACCUUUUUAAAUAUUUUAAUCUUAUUUCCAUGCUACCAUUUAUAUUGUCUUAUCAAGUACAUUUAUGUCAUCUAUUUCUGGCACUGCUAUUGGGAACUUAAAACCUACAAAUACAUACGGUUCUUAGAAAUAUGCUGAAGCAGCAGACCUGAUGCAGAGCAUCUGUCUGCUGCUUUUAUUAAAUGGCAUAGUGCCAUUUGGGAAUAGGAAUACUAACUUUUUGAAACUACAUUUCUUCUACUUUCCCUAUUAUUGCAAUAAAAAGGACAGCGAUAGAUUUUGCAGUAUUAAAGGGUGUAGGGAUGGUAAUGUUUUGAUUGAAGUAUAAAAGGCUUUAACAUGUCUUAAAUUCAUUUUAUCUGUUCAAAGCAAGAACAUUCUCAAGCCUGAUCCUUCCUGUAUACUGAAGAAUACUGGCAUUUGGCAUGGCACAGCUCACUGUUAGAUCAUGUUUAAACUGUUCAUCAGAAACAAUUGUUUUUAAUUUUCAUAAUUAAAACCUAUUCAUUUAAAAAUACUUGUUUGCCAAAUAUAUUUGAUUUGAAGAGCCAGUUUUGUAGUAUAACUUAGUUCUGUUCAACUGUA